CAUAUGACUUGUAUUUCCUGGCACAGCCUGGUCGACUCAACGUCUCCUCACUUUUCUCUGCUUUUAUUUUUGCUCCUCAGUGACUGAACAUCCAAACCCGUCAGCGAUCAUGGCUCGAUGUGCGGCAUUUAUUUUCCUCCUGUCUUUCGGAGUUGUGUCCCAUCUGUCUCAUGGCAUUGAAGUUCAGGUCAAGAAUGAGGACAAGUUGUGUCUUUAUGCCAAUCUGACCGUCAGCUUCUCGGUCACCUACGAAGUUGCUGUCAACAAGAAAAAAACUGUUUCAUUUGGGCUUCCCACCUCUGCAUUAUCAAACGAAAGCAAAUGUGACAAAACGAGCUCAGUUCUGAAGCUCAGCUUUGCGGACGGACACUCAUGGAGCGUGACUUUUUCCCUCAAAGACAAAAGCUACCAGGCAGACGCCAUCACCUUCGUUUACAACCUCAACGACUCAAAUGUCUUCCCGGAUUCUUCAUCCAAAGAUACUGUUACUGUGAAAGCAAAGCCUGACAUUAAAGACGUUGGCGUGAACAUGUGCUACUUGUGCAAAAGUAAAGACACAAUCAUCGCUUCGCCCCAGGCCAACAUGACUCUGUCGGACGUGCUCAUACAGGCCUUCGUUAUCAACGGCACCAAGAGCAAGAACCAAACAGUCUGCCCUGCGGACAAACCCGCACCUACCACUCCCACUCCAACCACCGUGGCGCCGACCACCAACGCCACCACCGUGGCGCCGACCACCAACGCCACCACCGUGGCGCCGACCACCAACGCCACCACCGUGGCGCCGACCACCAACACCACCACCGUGGCGCCGGCCACCAACGCCACCACGGCGGCUCCUCCCACCACCCCCACUCCCACUCUGCCCACUCCUACUGUGGGGAAUUACUCCAUCAAGCAUGACGCCAACAGCACGGCCUGCCUGCUGGCCAACUUUGGCCUGAGGAUCGGCUUCACCCAGAACAAGAAGUAUCAGGAGGUGAACUUUGACCCUGCGACUGAAGUUUCUGGAAGCUGUGGAGUUGACAACAGUGAGCUCACCCUGGUGUCCAACAACAUCACCGUUUCUCUCUCAUUCUACAACGACACAAAGAAAUUCCGCCUCCAUGCAUUGAACGUCACCAUCAACACCAGCUCUGGCGUUUUUGCUCAGAGCAGCACCAACCUGAGUCUGUGGGAGGCGGCGGUGGGAAGCUCCUACAUGUGCAACAAGGAGCAGAACUUCACCAUCACGGACCUGCUCUCCAUCUACACCUUCAGCCUGCAUGUGCAGCCGUUCGGCGUGAAGAAAGGUCUCUACAGCACAGCCCAUGAAUGUUCAUUGGAUGACCCCAGCAUCUUAAUCCCAAUCAUUGUUGGUGCUGCUCUGGCUGGCUUGAUUCUCAUUGUAGUGAUCGCUUACGUGAUUGGUCGAAGAAAGACCCAUGUUGGAUAUCAGACCCUUUAAAUCCAGCGUGCGUUCGCUCCUCACGUCACGGGAUUCUCAAGCCUGGUCCUUGGAAUUGAUCUGGCGAAUCUAUUUAAGAUUGAAAAAUGAUCAUUUUAGUACCAGCUGGUAAUAAAAUGAAGAAGAAGAAGAAAAAAAAACUUGAUUAAAUUGAAUCAGCCCAAAGAUAAAUUUGACGUUUUCCACAAGGACCAAACUUGUUUUUCCCCUGGUUCGGUUUGUUUUCAUCCUGUUUUUGUCCUUCCCAUUUUGCUUCUUGUUGAUGCUCAAGUUCAGGUGAUCAGCAAAGCUUGUUUUCUGUGUGCAGAAACGCCUGAAGAUUUAUAACCUCUGGUCAGUUCGUAUAGCUUUUUGCACAAGAUCUUCAGCUUUUAUGAUCCUGCACUUUGCUCAGCACACAUUCCCUCCCUCGUUUAGUUUUUGUUCUUGUUUAAAGUUUCGCUUUUCACCCUGAUAAUUAUCAAAUCAAAAUAUUAGAGCUCCUUUCUGUAUUUAUAUCCAGAAUUUCACGAACACGGAUGAGAGAGGUGGGUUUUGGCCCGUGUUGUUCCCUGUAGAUCAGGAGAAAUCUUGGGAAUUAUUUCAGAUUUUGAGGCUCUGUUCAUGUUAUGAAUGCGUAAGGAGAUAUUGGGGUCAUUAUAGAUUAAAAAAGAAAUAAUUGACCACAGAGGAGUAAAUUGUUUGUCAAAAAACUCAUUUGUAGAAUAAUUUCACAUAUUUACAAGAAAACGUGGAUAUUCUCUAGUGUCCAUCAUAAAUUUUCAAAAUGAAAAUAAAGUUUCACUGUCAGAAAUUUGUUUAAAAGAGAUUUUUCUGAAGAAAACGUAUUUCUUUGAAUUAUAAAAUCAGAUAUUUGUGACAAAUGGUGACCAGAAUCUUAGGAUUUAGUGGAAAAUUUGAGAAAUGUAUCUGAAUGUUGGAUCCAAAUUGCAAAAACACCAAAAGUCUUUUUAGUCUACAUUCAAGUGCAAAUAUCGUAGUUCACUUUCAAAUAAGACAAAAUAAACUUAGAAGUAACUUUUAGGUAACAUAUAAAAGCUUAAUUUUAUUUAAAUAAUUUAUUAUUUAUUAUUAGUUAGAAAAAACUUAGUUUCACUGGCAGAUUAUUUCACUUCAAAAUGUUUGAAGUGAAAUAAUCUGUCAAUAUUAAGGAAUUAUUGACGUAAUAUAAUCUGUUCUGUCUUGCUAAAAAAGUUACUGAUAAGUUAUUUUUGUCUUCUUUCAGCUGAACUAAGAUAUUUGCAAUAGAAAUUAAACUAAAAUUACUUGGUAAUAUUUUGUGUUUUUACAGUGCAGCUCUGACUCUUGGAAAACAUUCAGAUGUGAUUCUCCUUCGACUUUGGUCACGUUCUGUCAGUUCAGAGGUUUUUUUCCCCAAACAAAGAUGACUUAUUUUAUAACUUUAUGCCUUAAAUCAUAAAAACAGAGAAUAUCCACUUUUCUUCUCAUUAAUAUGUGAAAUUAAUCUCAAAAUUUUAUAUAUUUUUUGGCUUAAAGCUACUCCUUCAUGGCCAGUAUUUUUAAUUCUUUUAUCUGAAAUGUCUCCAAUACUCCAUUGUACGACUGUAAAACCAGAUUAUGACUAACUUCAGAUAUUAUUCAUCAGCAUCAAGCAGAUCAUUUGCGCAUCUCUUUCAGAUUUCAAGUGUUAGAUAGGAUUUUAUGAAGCCAUUGUUCACCUGUGUGAGUCUUUUUAUUUUUAUUUUUGCACACACUCCAAUCAGAGCAAACUAGAAUGAAAGAAUCACAGGUACUUUUUUAAUUUAACCAACAAACACAUGGUGGCAUUAGUCAGAAAAGGGAAAUCAAAUAUUUGUCACUUUCGCUGUGAAUCAUUCUGGAAUCAGAAUGUUUGCACAGAAAUGCACUAAGAGGGUUUUAUAUUGCUUGUCGUCUAAUUUUCUCACUUGUGUUACGAUCAGCUGGAUGAGAGGACAUUUACAGUCCUGAAAACCUUUCACAUCGUCUUUGAAUAUUUGUGACAAAGAAUUAAAAAAUCUUGAUUAUAUCAUUUGUGUUUUUGCUUUUUGAUGAGAGUUGAAAGCUGUUUCACUGCUGCAGAGAUAAAAACUGGAAAUAAUAAAGUGAGCUGGAGUUUUUCAAAAAAUGGAUUCGGCUUAAAUUGGAGAAGCACUGGUUACACUGCAAAAACUCAAAAUAUGACCAGGUAUUUUUUGUCUAGUUAUCUUAUUAGUAACUUUCCAGCAAGAAAUAACAGCUUGUUUUAAGUCAAUAAUUUCUUAAUAUUGAUUUAAAAGGUACAAGUUUCACUGAUAUUUGACUUGUAUAAAAUGUUUUUUCCGUAUUGAGAAUAAAUUAAUCUGCCACUGAAAACAGAACUUUUUAUUAAUAUUAAGAAGUCAUUGACUUAAGCCAAGCUCCCAAAUCCUGCGAAGUAGUGAGUUUGUAGGAAGUCAAAAUCUCACAAAGUGUUUUUGUGUAGUUUCCAGUGCAAAUAUCUUAAAACACCUGAAUUAAGAAAACUAGCUUAGGAACAAUUAUGAGACUUAAUAUUAAUUUAAAAGAGUUCCACUGGCAGAUCAUUUCACUUGUACCAUGAAAAAAAAUUUAUAAAUUAUCUGCCAGUGGAAGGCUGACUUUUUUUUAUCGAUAUUGAGAAAUAAUGGACUUAUUUUUUUUUCUUAAAAGUUGCUUGUAAGUUUUGUCUUAUUUUAAAUGCAUUGGACACCAGACCACUUGGAAAUAUUUUGGAAAGUUUAGGACUUUUCUUUGAUAUCUGAUGAAUUAAUUCCUUUUUUUCUGUCUGUAAUAUUAUUCAGAUUAAUAUAACGUAUCAUAUUUACAGUCCUCAGAUGCACCGAUUAAGUUUACUGGACGAUAUAGACUGAUUUUCUUUCAUGUUCGAUCAGCAAAUUUAGGAAAUGUUUCAUAUUAUAACAGAUAAAACAUGUGCAGCAGGUUAUGUAAAGUAUUUCAAAUUAAACAUACAAUGAUGGAAUAAGAUUACAUCUGAUUUAAUUUUUUUUCUUUAUAAAACUCAAAACGUUGUAUCAAUAACUAAUUUAAUCAAGUUAAUCACAGGAAAAAAAAUCCAGUUACAAUCUCCAUGUGGUGUGUCUCUUGUUUUAACUUGUGAGUCUAAUGUAGCUUUCACAUAAUCUCCAGCAUAUUUUAAUCUGCUGCCAUGUUUGUUCACAUAAUCUCUAAAGUCUUCCAUUCAAAAACAAAGUUUCUCCCCAUGCAGGAAGUCGUUGGUUUUAGGGGAUAAUUGAGAUUUUGAGCAGCUUCAUUGGGCAGCAGGCAGGAAGUGUUUCCAUAGCGACGUUUGUAGCUGUGCAUUAGUUUCUACACUGCAAAAAAUCUAAACACAAACUCUUACCAAGUGUUUUUGUCUAUAGUUUAUAGUACAAAUAUUUUAGUACAUUUGAAUUAAGACAAAACUAACUUACAAGUAACUUUUUAGCAACAAAAGGAGAUUGUUUUAAGUCAAUAAUUCCUUUACUGAUGUGAAAAUACUUUGUCUAGCAGAUUGCACUUGUUUUAAGUGAAAUGAUUUCAGUAUCGUUUAAAAAAAAAAGAUGAAUUAUUGACUCAAACCAACCUCCUGUAUCUUGCUUUUAAGCUAUUUUGUUUUUAUUUCCAGUCUACUGAGAUUUUUGCACAAGAAACUACAGAGAAAAACACUUAUGGUUUUGUUUUUGCAGUGUAUUUUUGCGCUGAAAAAAUUUGCUUUCACAGGUUUAUUGUACAUGUGCAUGAAUUAUUGCUUUUUAAUCAAAAAUGAGCUUAGAUUUUUUUUUUUUUUUUUGCUUGUGAUUUGUGUCUUUGUGUAAAAACUGCCUUAAAUAUAAAGAUGUUCCUGCAGCACCAAUAAAGCCUUUAACUGGACUUGUUUAUAAUUCUGACUUGGUAAAAUAAACUCAAUUAUUCCAAUUCUGUCAUAUAAUUGAAAUAAAAGGGAAUCUGCUGCAGGACCGUCUCUGAUGUGUUCUUUUGCUUUUAGCUGCAUCACAUUCAAUUUGUGUCAAUGAAGCGUUUUUAGUAUUUUCAAUGGAAAUAAAAAUGUUUGAAAAUUUACAGAAGGGA